CCAUCAGGGCCCCUGGCUUUUCUCCCGCCCCCUGUCCCCCCUGUCCCCCCUCCCCAUCCUCAGACACGCCUCGCCUCGCCACCCAUCCAGCCUCCGCCGUCAUCACCGGCACCCUCCCGUUGUCGCUCUUGCAGUUGCACUGCCAUCACGCCCCUCGCCAAUGUGGUCCCUCACCCGCGGCGGGCGUGCAUCCGCCGCCCCGCCCCUUCGCCUCCUGCUCGCAUCAGCCCUAGCCCUGCUGGCUGUCAGCCUGCCAGGGGUGUUGGCCGUUGCCCGGGAGCCCCCCUUCCCCUGGGCCGCGUCCGCCUCUUCCCUGCCCUCCUCCUCCCUGGAGGAGCCGCCCAUGGACAAGCCGUCCUAUCCCUUCCCCGGGCCCGAGUCCGACGCAGACCUGUGGUAUCGGCUGGACUACGCGUCCUUCGGCCUGUACACAGUGGUGUGGCUGUGCUCGGUGGCCACGCUAGCCCACUCGCUCAUCAAUGUUUGGAGCCUGGCCGUCCUCAAGAGCAAGAUCUCUCGGCUCUUUUGGAAAAUGCGCCUGUCAUUCGUCCUGGUGAUCAGCUUCCAGGCGCUGAUGCGCGCGGUUUACUUUCUCUUCAUGGCGCAGAUCCGGCUGGGCUUCUAUCAAGAGCGUGCCCUCAUCCUCACCUCUUUCGGCCUGGUUCUCUUUCCGGACUUGCUGUUCAUCAUCACCUUCUCCCUGGUGCUGGUGUGCUGGGCAUACCUUCACUAUCUGGGACGCUCGCGGCUGCCGCACUUCCGGAUCUUCUGCUACUUCCUGCUCUUCCUCAAUAUCUCGGUGAUUAUUCUGUCCUUCGUGGCCUUCGGCCUGAUUGCCAUCUUCACGGAUGACCGGUUCCGGCUGAUCGCCUCGCAGCUCAUCUGCUACGCCAAUGGCACCCUUUCCCUUGUUCUGGCGCUUUUCUUCUUCUUCUUCGGCUUCAGCCUCUUCCGCGGCUUCAGUCGCAUCUCCACGAGCUCCUCCUCCUCCUCCAAGCUGAGCCUCCGGUCCCAGAUCUCCCUCAUCACGGUGGUUGGCAUUGGGUGCUUCUUCUACCGGGCCUUCUACCUGCUGAGCUUCCCGACCUUGACGUAUGGCAGCAUGGCACGCGUGCUGGCGUACAUCACCAUGGGCGAGCUGAUCCCCAUCAUCCUGCUGCUAUUUGUCUUCGCCUUCUACCCGGCCCGGCUGCUGGUCCGCCACUCGUCCAAGUCUGACCUUUCGGGCACGGACCUCCCCAACCCGGGGAAGUGGAGCAGCGCCAAUCAGCGCCGGCGCUCGGGCCGCGGCUCCAGCAUCUCGGUCACUGGCUCUUCCACUGGCGGCAGCCCCACCAGCGCCGGCGGGAGCCUCGGCUCGGAUGAGGAGGGCGACGCGUUGCUUGGAAAUGCCACCGGCGCCGGUGGCGGCAGCAGCACCAAUGGCCGGUCCACCUCGCCGCCGGCCGCCGGCGCGCCCGGCGUCGGGGGAACUUCCGCGCGCCCGACCCCCUUCCUGAUGGCGCACAACAGCGAGUACCAGCAAAAGGCCGCGCUGGAUAGCUUUUCCCAAUCGACUGGCUGGUCCGGUCGGAGCCCCUCGCUUAUUUAUGACAUCGGAUCGCCCGGCCCGGCCGCGGGGGGUGCCGCCUCUCCGGGGACCGUGAAGACCUCCGGGGCGGCCUCCAGCGCCAUGCCGGCACCGGGGCUGAUGUAUGUCCCGGGCGGCCCCGGUGGCCCGCCACGCCCCUUCUCCGCGUCGGCCAUCUCCAGCUACGGGUCCUUGCUGCAGAGUCCAUAUUUGGACCAGCAGCAGCAGCAGCAACAUCUGGGCGGCAAUGCGCAAGCAUCUAGCAUGGGCCCGUCCGGCGAGGACGACGAGAGUGUGGCCCCCCUGCCGGGGAUGUCCGGACCCCAGGACUUCCUCUCGCGCGGCAGUGAGCCGGCCCCCGGGUCGCCGCCUCUCGAUCGGCCCCUGAUUCGGUCCUACUCGGCGGCCUUCCCCGGCGAGGGGGCCGGCCUGGCAGGCGAGCCCCCAUCCUCCUCGGGCAUGGGUGGGGUUUCCGUCAUGGGGGCCUCGCCGUCCCCGCAGCCUGGCUCCGUCGAUCAGUACAAUGCCUUCUCCAUUGACCUGUCUGGAGUGCUGAACUUCGGCGGGGCCGCGGACAAUGGGAGUCACUAUGACAUGAUUGACGAUGAUGAUGACGAUCCUUUCCACUUUUCGCCCAGCCUCAGCUUCGAUGAUGAGUGAGCGUCGCCGGCUGGCGGCCCUGCUGUGUCUCCCCCCUCGCCUACGCUCUGCCUGACGCACAUGCCAGCGUGUGCAGAUGUGCCGGUGCGCGCGUCCGCCAGCCGAGCCCCUCCCUGCUGUGGGCCGUCCAUGCAUACCCUUUGUUUUGUUGUUGCUUGCGUGAAUUCGCGCCAAUACAUUUGUCCUUGUGUGAAAA